CUUUAAUCAGUGCCACGCUUAAUACGAAUUAUGUGUGGUGUAUAGUCAAAACAAAAGAUGUUUACAAAACACGUUAGGUUUACAUAAAUAGGAAAUAUUUUAAGCAAAUAAACUCAACCAAUGUUAUAAGUGAUUGAGCAUGGCUGAGAGCAUCGAUACAAGACACGAGAACUGGCUGAGAGUGGCCUGGGGACUCCUGUACGUGAGAGAAGGACUGCAGGUAUACGUACACACAAAGGGCAAACAGCAGUACCAAACGUUCAUGAACACUGUGAAUGCAAACUGUAAUAACCGGACAUGUAAUCAAUGCCAGUUCAACAGUAAAUGCACAAAUGGCAGAACGAAAGUGACAGUUAAAUCUCCAUUCAGAUAAGGCCAUUUCUGUGAUGAAAUGUACAAACAGAUACAAAAAUAUCAUGAUAGAAACUAUCCAUUAUGGAUGAAUACAGAUUCUACGAAAUGGCAGGAUCAACACGUCGGUUACUGGGUGGCCAAGUGUUAUCUUAGUUCAGUUGGCUACUUUGACAAGACGGGGCCAAAUCAUGUGGACGCUUCGGGACUUUUAAGCAUCUGUAUAAAUAGUUCGUUUAUCAAACAACGCAUAACAACUAUUAAGCAUUUUAAAGAGGUGCGAGAUAUAAGGAACAAGACCCUGCACGAUGCCCACUAUGAGAUGGACGGCAAGACAGCAGACGACUGCCUGAACAAGAUGAUUAAAGUACUGGAGGACCGAAAGGAACUUAAAUAUGAUAAUUAUGCUAAGCAAGCCGCUUUUCACAUAAGAAAGAUCAAAAUUAAAGCUGAAAAUACACCGACUAUUAUGACGGAAGCUUUACACAAAUGGCUGCAGAUAAACGUUGACGUUGACAAAUCUCUCAAAGAGAUCGAAUGUCUGAUGUAUGAUAGGCUACAAAAGGACCUGAAAGGAUUCAUAGUUGCCGAGGUCAAACGUGUAGUGAAACACAGUUUAGAUGACAGAGGUAACGACGAAAAUGAACAAAAAGUGGAAGGUCUAUGUCAUCAGCUUGUCAAGUACUACCAGCAACAACUCAACAGCACGCCAAUAUCACCCCUGCUGUCGGACAAGGACGAGAAUCUGGACAAACUUUACAUUCCUCCGAAGAUAGUCGAGAAAGACCCCAGAAAAGUUGGUACAGCUGCGAAAGAAAAGGGAACUACUGUGACAACUUACAGACAGAUAUUUAGUAAUGCAGGUGAAUUUAUGAAACACGUGCUUAUUGUCGGCGAGGCCGGGAUGGGAAAGUCGUCCUGCGCCGCAAUGUGUGCCCUAAAAUGGGCCAAUCAGUUUUCAUCAACGAAAACGUCCAAUAACGCGGACGAAAAUGCUUCACUUCAAAAGCCAUUUCCCGAAGAAAAGCAAAAUUAUCAAUUUCAGGAUGAUUCUUUCUACAAGGAAAUCGAUUUUUUAUUCCAUCUCCGUCUGAGAGAUAGUGGUGAACUCUGCCACAUGACUGACAUGAUACGAGAUCAGCUGAUCAGCCGAAUUUACCAAAAAGACGAGAUUGCUGAUGCUUAUUCAACUAUGAUGCAUGUACUGUCCAAUUACAAAUGCGUGAUCAUAGCAGAUGGUCUGGAUGAAUGGUCCCAUCCCGAUGGAACAAAUUGCAACUGUACAAGCGAAGACAAAGUAAUCCCAUAUUUAGCGCCAACCAUAGAUGCAAUUGUUUUGAUAACAUCACGACCAUGGAGAAUGUCACAACAACGCGUUCAAGACACGAAAAUAAACAAAUAUCUAGAGUUAGAGGGAACUGCAGAUAUAAUGUUACUGAUUCAGAAACUAUUGAAUAGUCUUAAUGAAACAGUAUCAGAAAAGAAAACAUUAGAAGAUUUCGUUAAGUCUGUGGACAUAAUGAAACUCAAAUGUCUUCUAUCGGUACCUAUUGUAUCAAUGUUGCUUGUCUGUUUGUGGUUUCAGGGCAUGCCAGAAUCGAGUUCCAUGUGCGAUAUAUACGCGCUUUUUAUUGAAAUGAUGUUUGCUCAAAAACAUCGGCAUGUGUCUGUAGUACCGCAGACCAAAACUCAGUUACCGCGAUGUUUCAAGAAAACAACUUGUAUACAUAACAACUACAACAUAUUAAAGAAUAUGGCCGAACUUGCUUUUACGAAAUUAUUUUUGAAUGACCGAACUUCGUUCUUGGUGUUUAAGGAAGUUGACAUUUUGGCGCAAGACAAUCUUGUGUUUCUUUUGAAAUCGGGAGUAUUGCAAGAAACUAAAUCAGCAUCUUUAAUAAGAAACAAAUCGAGUUACUCGUUCAUUCACAAGACUGUUCAAGAGUUCCUUGCGACAAUACACAUGUAUUAUCACCCAGAUGACUUACAUAGAGUAUUGACACCCUUUUAUGAGAAGAACGGUGAAAUGUCGGAUAUUUCACAUGUACAUUGUAUUGUCUUCAUGUGCGGUCUGAACAUUGAGUUAGCAAAUGAGAUGUGCUAUGAUAUCGAACAGUAUAUCUCUAGACAAUCAGCCUUUUGUGACUUAAACUAGAGUAAUUCAAAUUCAGCCGACCAUUGUUUCGGGUUAUAAGGGAGCAUUCACAUGUCAUAUAUUGGAUAUCAAGCUGUCACUGAUUAGCUUUGAUUUUAAUUAUACUACCGAUACUAAAAUAUUAGAUGACUUGCUAGGGUUAGGGUUAACGCGUCCAAUGUACGUUAUAUCAAGACCAUUACCGGUAUAUGCCCGGCGAAACUCCAGGAGGUGUUCAGUAAAUCUUCCGACACAUUGACCAAUGUUAAGAUACUUUCCCUUGCUGGACAGAUUGACCUUUUGACGUGCAAACGUCUCAAAUGCUAAUCAAUAUAUGGAACUAAAACAACUGAUAUUAUGGUCAAUACAAAUAGUUUAAUUGCAUUGGAUUUAAGUUGUGUUUCAAAAGCUGUUGAAUACAGUAUUUUUCAGUCAUUUGACCGUGGAUCGAAUCAAUUAAAGCACUUUAUAAUAAAAAAAUAUUAAACACAUAAGUUUACUCUGCCAUACUUUUCCAAGGCUGAUUCAUUUAGAAAACAUUUCCAUAGACACCGGAUACCUCAGUGAUAACGCUCUUCGCCUCCCAGAUUAUAUCAAGAGAGUUGAACUAUCAAAUUUGAAAAUGAGUGCACGUUCGUUAUGAAAGAUGCUAAACACAUUAGUUUACUCUGCCAUACUCUGCCAAUGCUGAUUCAUUUAGAAAACAUUUCCAUAGACACCGGAUACCUUAGUGAUAACGCUCUUCGCCUCCCAGAUUAUAUCAAGAGAGUUGAAGUAUCAAAUUUGAAAAUGAGUGCACGUUCGUUAUGAAAGAUGCGGUGCUGGAAAAAGGAUUGAAUAUGAAGUGUAUAUUACAGAAAUGUACUGUGGAACCAAACUCAGAGUAUGAGGAGAUUAUAUCCGAAGGCAUAUUAUUGUUUAGAUAUCGGGCACAAAUAUGUCUCUCUUACUUGCAAGUGCACAAUUACCUCUUCCGAGAGAGUUCCUGUAUAAUAGAUGAAUAAAGAACUUUCAAAAAUGGACACAAUAUCUGCAUGUUUUAUUUUGAUAGGUUAUAAUUAAAUGAACAUGGAUUUAUCAAUGACUUUGUUACAUGACAAUUUCCUGAGCAUAUACUCUGACUUUCCUUCAAGUAUUUAUUUAGUAAAAUCAAAUGUUUCUUUCAAUAUUGGUGUCACAAAACAUAUUGCAAUCAGCUGGAAAUUCUUUAGUAAUAAACUACGUACAUUUUUUAUCUUGAA